CUUGAGGAUUACUAUAAUCUGUGGAAUUCUGAAUGAGUUCAGGCUCUCCUCUCGGGACAGAAGGACUCCUUAGGCUACUUUCCGUAGUCACUUUAAUGCAUAGUUUGAAGUGUGAGCAUUAUGAUUUACUGAGAUUUUACAUAAGCAAAAAAGGGUGCCUGAAGUGUUGGGUAGUAUAGAGAGAAUCUGGUCCAGAGCUUGAAGGCAGAAAACUCAAGCGUGUCCCACAGGUUAUAAGUAAAAUAUGAAAAAAAAAAGGGUUGUAGUAGCUCUUUGCUCUUGCACAGAGAUUUUCUGUAUGUGGGAAGCCCCCUGAGAGAGCACCACAUUAAAAUGAUUCCGAGUUGAAACGCUGGAAGCUUCAUGUAGACAUUUCAUGUGCUUCUUCUUUUCAAUUUUGUGGUGAGAGAAGGAGAAGGGAAGAAACUUCAUCUCUAAGAAGUUGCUCUGUCAGAAUUUUUAAUAUAGACAUUACUUUAAAAUAAAAAUACCUAAACUGUGUGCAGUCAGGGAUAAAUACAAAUAAAUAUCUGACAGAGCAAUUAAUUUUUUCCAAGCAAGAUGCUGGCAGAGUGGCUUAGGGGGCACAAUUGUGCUGGGAAGAGCUUUCAAACAAAUUGUUUGAAAACCGUGCUGUAAUCCCAGUGGAAGUUGUCAGCAAGCACAUUUCAGAGGUCUGCACUUGUUUUAAUGAGAUCUAGAUUAUUUAUCUGAAGUCAGGAUUUUUUUCCUGCAUUUCCCUCCAAACUUUUCAAAAAGUUAAACUAAUUGCUAGGUCGUGGGAAAAAGAAUAUAGUCAAGGAGAUAAACAAGUAGACUUCCUUGUUAUUAGCUAACUUCAGUAACCUUCAAAUAUACUUUGGCCAUGUCACAGGCUUAUUCCAAGGAUCUUCUGGAAGAACAGCAGCCUGUAAAGGUUUCUGUUUGUGAAAUGUUAGCAGGGUCGAAAUAAUGUAAAAACAGAAAAACCCUUGAAGUUUAUCAUUAUACAAACUUACUCUCAUGAAUUUACUCCCAUCCCCACUUAGACUCCUGCUUCCAUGGUGAAAUGAUCUUCUGUGAUCAUGCACUUCUAGAAAGGGAAUGUCAAGUAAGAUUAGCGACAUAAAUCUCUGCUGCUUCAUGAGUUUUACCCUGAGCUGCCUGGUGAUUUCACAGCUGUUUGUGCAGUUGAUAACAAUUUCCAUCGCUCUGCUUUCUGCAGAGAGUUACAAAUCUUGUUUUUAAAAAUCCAGUAACAGAAACGAAUAACAGUAAAUAUAAUGAACUUGUGUUUAUUACAGAGAGUUCUUGGACUGUGUAAGUCUGCCUCUUUUUGUUCUGAGAAGAACAAAAGAGAAGGUUUUGGGAUUAUAUUACUUAGGUUUUGGAAUGAUAUUACUUAGGUUUUCUUGAAGAGAUUUAACAGGUUUUUUUAGUGGUGUGUUGUCACAGUCAGUUCACAGCUAGGAAAUCUGAGGAACAAGGAGAUGGAGUGAUUUGCUCAAAGAAAUUGGACACAUAGAAGAGACAAACUCCCGUGUAUUCUGAAUUAUUAUUCAUACAGGUGAUGUCAGCAAUAGAAAUUAAGUUAAAUAAGAUUUUUAUCUACAGUAUUUCUUGUGCAUUGCCUUUUCCUGCCUGGUUCUUUCUGGGGGACUUGACUGGGUUAUGAUACUCACUACAGGAUGUCACAUCAUCAAAGGAAAAUGUUACAUUGGGCCAGAAAUGGGUGUCUGCUUCCAAGAAAAGAGGCAGAAGCCACUAGGAGAGCAGAGGGAGAACAUCUCCUGCUUUGGUUAGGUUAGGAGCAGGAGUCAGCCCACAGCAGAAGCUUCACACAACUUUUAUUCUUAAGAAGCUGAUAAAUAUCCAACAAAUUUUCUUGUAGGAAACUUCCAUGCUAGAAUAUUGUCACCUCCAGUUCAUCAUUCAGCAACAUCUGACACUUCAAGCAGCUCUUUCUGCCUUGAAUUAUCAUACAAGCCAUCUUCAGCACUCCUCUGCUUUCUGAGCCAAGAGUCUGUUACCAUGGAUUUCUCCUGGAUCUGUGCAGCACACGCUCAGCAGAGCCUGCUCUAGCCUGAGAACGGGCCCAGUCAAUCCAACCAAGAUGACAAACGAACCUGUCAAAGAGAUCCUGGGCACCCCAAAGCAGCCUGAUUCCGUACCCACAGAGAAGAGUAACAACAAUGACUGUGUGAUUACCACCAUCCCCCUGGUCAGUGAAUGCCAGCUGACAGCAGCCACGGGGGGAGCAGAGCUCUCCUGCUACCGCUGCACCAUUCCCUUCGGCGUGGUCAUCCUGAUAGCCGGCAUCGUGGUGACUGCCGUGGCGUACAGCUUCAACUCCCAUGGAUCCAUCAUCUCCGUCUUUGGGCUGGUCCUCUUGUCCUCAGGACUCAUUCUGCUGGCUUCCAGCGUGGUGUGCUGGAAAAUCAGGCAGCAGAACAAGAAAGCAAAGAGGCGGGAGAGCCAGACAGCGCUUGUGGCAAACCAGAGAACCUUGUUUGGUUAGAGGCAGCCGAGAGAAGGCUAGACAGAAGGCAGAACCUUUGUAAGUCAACUUGGCUAUUUAUCAGUAGGAGAGAUUGCAGGUUUUAAUUUAACUGUGGAAACCAACUGAAAUGAAAAUGGAAUGGAUUAAGGAAUACUUGUAGCAACUCUGCAAGUGCUCUCAGUAUAUUUCUUACUGCAGACUUGGUAGUGAUUCUUUCCAAGACAGAGGAAAACCCAUUUUUCCUUCACAGAAAAUUGUGUCACAUAACUGUAACUAUCCUAACUGUGUUCUCCAACAUGCUGAUUGUGUUGGAAAGGGAACUUGUGGGAACUGAGAAAAUGACUUGAACUGACUUGAAAUGCCAGAGGUCUCCUUAAAACACUGAUAUUUGUCCGAGGGAGAAGUCACAGCAUUUGAAGUGACUACAAGAUUAUGGCCAGAGUAUCUGGGACUUAAACUGUAGCUAAAAAACAAAAAGGCAAUAAGAACACAUUGCAAAUUGCUCAAUAAGCUGAUUCUUAUAUUUUAUGUAACUUCCCCCUCCCAAUACCUGUGGUACUUUCCCCCUUUUUUAAAUCAACUAAUAUUGAUUUUGUUUCACUAUUGAAUAGAAGUCAGUAGAAAUGUGUAAUUAUGUUGUUUAACCUAAAUAACGAGGUAUGAUCAUAGCUUAAAACAUGAGACUUUUUUGUAAAUUAGAGUGAUCAGGUUUAGCACUUUUGAUUUUUUGCUAUAAAAUUAAAAAAUAAAUUUCAUUACAAUAAUAUCCAGUGCUGCUAGACCUUUAGAAAAUAUUUCUUUAUUGCUGUUAAGAUAGCUUGUAUCUUUGACUCUGACUGCUUUAUAUUUCUAUUUUGUAGAACAACCCCUGUGACAAUAACUGUGAGCACAUGUAUUGAUGAUCUCUUACAAAAACCUCUCCACCUCUGUGGACUUGGGUUUGAUAAUUCAACCCUCUGCAGCUUGAUUAACAGCUCUGUUAUUGAAAAAUCAUAGCAGACAGUUCUGCAGACACUCACUGUCACAGUCAGUUUGAGACAUAACUAUUAAUAAUAACUUGUAGAAGCAAAGCUAUGUGUAGUGUUUGCUGACUGAGCUUUGGGAUUACAAAUCUUCAUGAGAAGCAGGUGCCAGGUGUCCCCUGCUUGUGACUGAGUGUUGAUUCUGUAACUCUUGUGUUGUAGAGGUCUUCCAGCUUUUCUCAGUUAAUGGAUUAUUGAGGGGUUUGUCCCAGAUUGAAGCAAACCAGAAGAUUAUUUCUCCUUCUUGAGGGACAAGUGGUGCUGAGCUGUGUCACAGGUUUCCACCCCAGUGUGUAGGAGAAGGCAGAGGGGCUGCAUGGAGCUCUUUCUAUUUUUUCUCUCUUUUAUUUUCCCCCUUACUUUCUCCAGACUCAAAAGGGCUGGGUGUGAUUUUUGCUUUCCACUACCAAGGUGAGACAGGCCUGUGUCUUCUCUUUGCCCUCAGAGCCUCUGGCAGCUGGGAUGGUUUUGGUGAUGCUGCUGCAGAGCCCACCUGCCAAAGAGGUGCUGCAGGGGGCUCCUUCUCAGCUCCUCCUGGAUCCCUACACUUCUCCUGCUGAAACCACCCAGGAAUUCUGGCUUAGGUGCCACCAUUUCCUCUGCUCUCCAUGGUUUAAGCUUGUUACAUCCAUAACUUAUCCCUGGAUUUGCAAACUGCACCUCGUGUUUUAAAUAGAGCGAGCUAUAUGUGCAGGAGGGGAUGUUUGGGGUCAGUAUUUGCGUUGCCACACUCCGUGGUUACCAGACGCUAUAAUAAAAUCACUUGCAUCAGAGGAAAGCUGACAACACAUUUUAGCACUUCCAUAGCCCUCACUUAAUCACGGCAGGAAGCUUUCCUGCUGCUAGGAGAACAUGUUGCGUCACCAGAACAUCUGACACCGGUGUCUAGUGUCAAUCACUUUGCUUAAGGUCAUUAAAAAUAUUAGGGUGUCCCCUUACGAUGUACAGGUUUUGCAUGAGUGACAAUUCAUGGGAAAUGCAUAGCAUGAUAAAUAAUGGAACAGGUGGACUAAAGUGGUGUCUUUCCUGUUUAAAAUGAGAAAAGUGAUUGACAUCAGCAAAGCUGGAUAAGCUAAAUAGAGCUGUUCAUCUUUUUCCCUUUCUGGGAACACAAUAGUUUUUCUGACUCCUUCUUCCUCCCCAUUUCUUUUUUCAUCAGUGGAAUUUUGGGGGCUGCUGAGGAGAGGACUGCAGGGGCUACAGCGAUGCAGUGAUUUCCACUAUGUGUGUGGCACUUUGGCUCCAUGAUUCCUAGGCUGAGCCCAGAGCAGGAGCUGCCCACUGCCCUCUCCAGAAUUGUUUCCCACACAUGGCUCCUCCUUUGGCCAUCACUGUGAUGUGGAAGGAAGGUAGAGGUACAAG